AUGACUUCUUCCCACAGCAACAUUGAAGGUUCUCCAGGAAGCUCCAUGCAUGGAGUAACGGGCAGGGAACCAGUCCUUGCUUUCUCAGUUGCAUCCCCAAUGGCCCCAACUGAUACAACAGCAAAAUUUGACCUGCCGGUGGAUUCUGAGCACAAGGCGAAAGUGUUCAAGCUCCUUUCUUUCGCCAACCCUCACAUGAGAACCUUCCAUCUCUCCUGGAUUUCGUUCUUCACUUGCUUUGUCUCCACAUUCGCAGCAGCCCCUCUUGUUCCCAUCAUCCGGGACAACCUGAAUUUAACCAAACAGGAUAUCGGUAACGCUGGAGUUGCUUCCGUUUCUGGAAGUAUUCUUUCCAGGCUUUGCAUGGGUGCAAUCUGCGACUUGCUCGGGCCGCGAUACGGCUGUGCAUUUCUCAUCAUGUUAUCAGCUCCAUCUGUAUUUUGCAUGUCAUUUGUGUCAGAUGCUGGCGGUUACAUUGCCGUCCGGUUCAUGAUUGGAUUCUCAUUGGCUACUUUUGUGUCGUGCCAAUAUUGGAUGAGCACGAUGUUUAACAGUAAGAUUAUAGGCCUGGCGAAUGGAACAGCAGCCGGUUGGGGUAAUAUGGGAGGCGGCGCAACUCAGCUUAUAAUGCCCCUGCUGUAUGAUGUGAUCAAGAAAACAGGAUCUACUCCCUUUACUGCCUGGAGGAUUGCCUUCUUCAUUCCUGGCUGGUGUCAUGUGAUCAUGGGGAUUUUGGUCCUGACUCUUGGACAAGACUUGCCUGAUGGGAAUCUUGGUGCUUUACAAAAGAAGGGUGAAGUCAAGAAAGACAAUUUUACCAAGGUGAUGUGGUAUGCUGUAACAAACUACAGAACCUGGAUUUUUGCGCUCCUUUAUGGCUAUUCAAUGGGAGUUGAAUUGUCAACUGAUAAUGUAGUUGCAGAAUACUUCUAUGAUAGGUUUGAUCUCAAGCUUCACACUGCUGGUGUAAUCGCGGCCACAUUCGGCUUAGCUAACAUUGUUGCUCGUCCAUUCGGUGGAUUUUCUUCAGACUUUGCAGCAAGAAAGUUUGGGAUGAGGGGGAGGUUAUGGGCGCUUUGGAUUCUACAAACUCUGGGUGGGGUUUUCUGCAUCCUCCUCGGACGGGCUAAUUCGCUUCCUAUUGCCGUCACAAUGAUGAUCCUCUUCUCUGUAGGAGCACAGGCCGCCUGUGGUGCUACUUUUGGAAUCAUUCCCUUCAUCUCCAGAAGAUCAUUGGGCAUAAUAUCAGGAAUGACUGGAGCCGGUGGCAACUUUGGCUCUGGAUUGACACAGCUGAUUUUUUUCACAACCUCAAAAUACACCACAUCACAAGGUCUAUCCUACAUGGGGAUAAUGAUAGUAUGUUGCACUCUUCCGGUGACAUUAGUCCAUUUUCCACAAUGGGGAAGCAUGUUUUUGCCUCCAUCAAAAGAUGUGGUCAAGGGAUCUGAAGAACAUUAUUAUUCUUCUGAAUACACUGAGGAGGAAAAGCAGAAGGGGAUGCAUCAAGGGAGUCUCAAAUUUGCUGAAAAUAGCAGAUCGGAGAGGGGAAAGCGUGUUGCCUCAGCACCAACUCCACCAAAUUCAACCCCAAACCAUGUUUAA